AUCACGGAAGUGCAGUGUGCGCUGAUGGCGACAGUCCUGACGUUACUCUGGAGUUACAAAGCCCACUAACGGACUUAGGGCUAACUGCUCCUCUGUGUGGGCCUGUCCCGCGCCGUCCCACGGUCCGUGGGUGUGUCCCGUCGCUGCUGCCCCGAAACAGAGCAGAGGAACAAAACACGCUUCAAAGUGAAAAGUUGGUGAUGAGUUGGGAGUAAACGCGGCCUGCCUCGGGGAUGGCAGUGUGGACCAGAGCGGAAAAACACGGCCAGCUAGACCUGCUCCUCCGCGAUCGCUGGAUCCGAGUGGCCGCAGAACUUACCCGAGAAACUUUGACGUUAACAGCCGAAGCGGAGGCCAGUGACCCCUGGGACUACAACAACGCCUCUCCGGGACCGAGGAACGGCUUGUCAAACGGAAAUGAGCCGGGGGGCAGCCCAGGAAACUCUGGCCAAAGCCCUAACUACAGCGGGCGAGGGGUCAGCCGGGGUCCCAACAGCCCAGGGAAGUACCACAGUAACGGCACCAGCUCAGACUUCAGUCCCGCUUCGGGAUACGGCAGUCCCGGCUCCAGCCUCGGCUCGGACGGCUGUUCAGAGGCUGUUCGCAGGGUGAGAGUGGUAAAACAAGAGUCUGGGGGGCUCGGCAUCAGCAUCAAGGGCGGUCGCGAGAACCGCAUGCCCAUCCUCAUCUCCAAGAUCUUCCCGGGGCUGGCAGCGGACCAGAGCAGGGCUCUGCGCGUGGGCGACGCUAUCCUGUCUGUCAAUGGCAACGACCUCCGCGAGGCUACGCACGACCUGGCGGUGCAGGCGCUCAAGAAAGCGGGCAAAGAGGUGACACUCGAAGUGAAGUACAUUCGUGAGGUGUCUCCACUCUUCAAGAAGCCCUCCCUGGUGGCAGAGCUCCCCUGGGCCGGAUGCACUGAGGAGCCCCCCCCACUCAGCUCCAGGGACCGCGACACAAAAGUCAUCAACCUCAAGAUGUGUUUCAUCAGCAGGAAUCUAACCAUGCCUGAUCUGGAGAACCGGCUGCUGGAGCUGCACUCUCCUGACGGACAGCACAUGGUGAUCCUGCGCUGUAAAGAUGCUUCCAGUGCUAACUCCUGGUUCACUGCCAUCCACACCAACACAGCCGCCCUGCUGCCACUCGCACUCUCACACAUCAAUGCUUACCUGGGAGCCACGUCAGCCACUGCACACCCCCACCUCAAGCACAUCGGCUGGCUGUCUGAGCAGGUGCAGCUGGGCAGUGGCCGGCAACAGCUCCGCCCCCUCGUCAUGGCGAUGACUGAGAAGGACCUGUUGCUGUUCCAGUCCGUGCCCUGGACCAGAGAGGCCUGGGCCCUGCCUCUGCUUACACACCCUCUGCUGGCCACCAGGUUGGUACACUCUGGCAGCACACGAGGCUCUCCGUCCCACGGCUCUGAGCUGCUGUUUGCCACUCGCACAGGCACUGCACGUGGAGUUGAGGCACACGUCUUCAGGGUGGAGACGCACUGGGACCUGUCUUCAUGGACACGCGCUCUUGUGCAGGGCGUGCAUGCUGCAGCUGAGCUCAUCAAAGAGGUGUCCAUAGGCUGCACGUUGAACAGGCAGGACGUCCGUCUUACCCUGCACUAUGAGAAUGGAUUCACUCUGACACGAGAGCCAGAUGAGGCAGCAGGUGGUGCCGUGCUAUACAGAUAUCCCUAUGAAAAACUCAAGAUGUCCGCUGACGAUGGAGUGCGGAACCUGUACCUGGAUUUUGGAGGUCCUGAAGGAGAAAUGGUGCUGGAUCUCCAUUCCGGCCCCAAACCUGUGGUGUUUGUGCUGCACUCUUUCUUGUCAGCCAAGCUUAGCCGCAUGGGCCUGCUUACCUGACCGGACCUCCAGAUGGGCCUGCUCUCCAGGUUCUUUGCAGCUCUGACUAGGGACGUCUGCCACAGCUUUCUUUGUGUCCUUGUACUGCUCACACUAGCCUGAGGUAGUGCUGCUGAACCAAGACAACCCACACAUGCUGAAAAGAAAGGUGCCUGAGACUUUUCCCUGAGCUUUUAUAACUGCACAUCAGGAAAACCUAUGGGGAACACCAAUCUAGAGACAUUGCCUUUGACCUACUCCAUGUAAUACAGUGUGUCUAGAUGUGCAGAUCUGUAUAAGGCCGGAUAGGGCUCACACACAAAGCAAAGGAACGCUGCACAGACUGCUGUAUACCUGGACGGAGCUGUAGGUGGUGGUGAGUUGCUAAGAGUUACCCUUAAGCCUCAUUCACACGUGCAGAAUGACCUGGGAAAUUACCUGCAUUUUGCCAGAACAGAGUCCUGUGUGAACAAAGCCAGAACUUAUUUCCCUACAUGGUUGAUCUGAUAAUUUCCCGUGUAAAUUACUAGGAAUAAGCAGGGAUGGCGUACGUGUGAAUAAAGCCAGAAAAUUGCCACGACCAGUCAAUCAACCAGUAUCACUAUAUUGGUCCCAUAUUGCACAUUGAACUAUGUAUUAUUUUACUCCUUAUACAGGUAUGGGUCAUUCGAUCUAGUGUCAGGGAAGCUGGAGGUCCUCAGGACAAAAAUGUCCCACCUCUAUGUCCUGCAACAGCAACCUCCAAGGGGCGCCAGGUUAACUCUGGAGACACAACAGAAAAGCUUGAUUUAAGCCUCACUAUUUCCUUUGGAACAUCUUGUGCCAUAUUUGGCGCAGAAAGCCUUUUGCAUUGGUGCAAAAAGUCUGUAGCUUUUCAUUUGAGCAGUUUGUUUUUUCAUGCAGGGUCGCAGGAAAAAACAAACCGCUCAAAUGACACAAUCCGAUCAAAAUCCCAAAAUAUA